AUGGCACACUCUAAAUCUGCAAAGCGAAAGCGGAAUGGCCAAGUGCAGAUCCCUCAAAAGCAUAUCAAGGUCGAAAAGGCCACAUCGGCUGUGGUCCCGCCGCCUGAAGAUGAACGAUUCGAGAUCAAGCGUUUAGAAACAGUCAUCUCGAAUGAGGAGCUUGACAUCACGAUUGAAACACUUACCACUCUAGCGCAGCACCCGAGCUUGACGAAGUCGAAGCUCUGCAGGAACCUGAGGACGGCUGUAUACGACUUUCGCCAAUCCUGUACCACCGGUGUCAAUGCCACCAAGGAUGGUGCUAACCUGACGGCGCGUGUGUCUGCCGCACUUGCUGACGAAAAAUUCCUUGAGGCGAGAAUCUUGCUUGCUGAGAUGCGACUCCGAGGAGAAGAGCCUAAACUCGGCGCGCUGUGCCGUUGGGUGCGAGAUCUCGAUGUUGUCACGCAGCCAAAAGGCGUGAGCAUCGAUAAUCCAAAACGGUCGCCCAAGGAUGAGGAACUCCUCAGGGUACUUGACGCUGUCCUUCGUGUCAGCUGCCCGGUCGAUCACAGCGUCGGUCUUACAGAGCCGCUCCUCGGCUCUUCCCCUCGAAUAGCCUUUCAAGCCACAUGGGAUGUGCGCCCCCCUGUCCUGCCUCAACAGGUUUACAACUCUGUUUUGGAUAAGACUAUCUUCUCUUCCGUACCAAGCUCAGUCGCUUCUUCUCUUCGCAUCAUCGAGACCACACCUGGCCACCUCCGCAACCCCCCCAAUUACCAUCCGGCCAUCCUAUAUGCUUCUCAGCCGAAUACCGUACCGCUUUCACCGGAGGCUCCCCAAAUAACACAUCACAAGCAUCCCAACGUGCCCAAUCUUAGUCUCGCGACGAAUGUUCUCUCGCCUGAAGAAUGCAAAGCCAUCAUUGCCGUGGGCGAAACGGUCGGCUUCCUCCCAGACACGCCAAUACGUGAGGGUGGCGAUACCAGUGUUUUGGCACACAACUUCUAUUGGAUCAUCGAUACCGCAUUUCACGACAAGCUGUGGUCGCGUAUCGCUCCGUUCGUGCCACCCUCAAUUGACGGCCGCUUAAGUCGUGGCCUGAAUAGACGUUUUCGUGUGUAUCGAUAUGUUCCCGGUGCGGAAUAUCGAUGCCAUAUCGAUGGUGCUUGGCCGCCGUCCGGCAUCCAACCGGACGAUACGUAUGUGUACGAUGAUUCGCCUGCAGGAAAGAAGCAGAGCUCGCUAUUCACUUUCUUACUCUAUCUCAACGACGAGUUUGAAGGAGGUGAAACAACGUUCUUCAUGCCAGCAUCCGUUGAAGGCACGCUUAAUGCCUACAGAGUGCGGCCAGUCAUAGGCGGCGUCGCGAUAUUUCCACAUGGAGAGACCCGAGGGGCUUUGCUGCACGAAGGUUCAAGCGUGACAAAGGGCGCCAAGUAUAUCAUACGCACAGAUAUUGAGUAUGACAUAGAUCCAUCACCAUAG